CUAAAAUUUUUAUUCGUCUAAUCUCUUUAGUACUUAUCUUAAAUGGUUUGGGGGGUAAAUGCCACUACCCUUGAAAACAGUUGAAUUUGUCGAUAUGUUCGGAUAGGAUAGAUAAUUUUUAGAAAUUUGUAAAUAAUUAUGCAGAUGUAAUGUUUGUUCUCAGCGAUAACUGAUUAACUAAGUGUUUUUUUCAGUGAAGUGGUAUUUAUUGAAUUGCGGAUAUAUUAUAUAAUUUCGUGUGAAGUAUUCUGUAGAAAACCGAUAAGUAUAUUUCGUUUUUCAGAUUGGUUUUCUCAUUUAUUUAUGUGGUGAAACAGUGGGUUAGUGUUUGUCGACGUAGAUGAUAUCUGAACAUUGAAUAAACUACAAAAAGGAUGUUAAACACCAAAAUUCUCUUGUGUAUGUUGUUGGCAUACCAAUCUGCGGUAGAAGCUGCAUAUAAUGUUGGAGUUGGACGAGCUGAUUGCACAGGACCAUCAGCAGAAAUAACCUUUAUGGGCUAUGCAAAAUCUGGUCAGAAAGGAUGUGGAAUCCACUUAAGGCAGUUUUCAAGAGCCUUUGUGAUUAAAUAUGAGAAAACUCUAGUUGCAUUUGUGUCAAUUGACACAUGUAUGAUGAACCAUCCCCUAAAACAAGCGGUAAUCGAUAAAUUGAACGCAAAAUAUCCUAAUGUAUUUACUCUGAAGAACACUAUCCUCAGUGGAACUCACAGUCACAGCACACCUGGAGGCUUCCUAAAGGAUGUAAUGUUGGACAUACCUAACUUGGGUUAUUGUGACGAUACCUUCAACGCGUUGGUCGCGGGAAUUGUUCGAUCUAUAGAUAAAGCAUACAACAGUCUAGUAGAAGCAAAAAUUAUUCACAGUACUACUACAAUAACUAAUACAAACAGGAAUAGAAGUCCAGCUGCUUACCUCUAUAAUCCAGAAUCAGAAAGAAAAAAGUAUGACGCUGACGUGGAUAAGGAGCUAGUUCAAAUAAAGUUUGUGCGUACCAAAGAUAAUGUUGCAAUUGGUGCAAUCAAUUGGUUUGCUGUACAUCCCACCUCAAUGAAUAACACCAACUGUUUGGUACAUUCUGACAAUGUGGGGUAUGCGUCUCUUUUGCUAGAAUCUUAUGUUAACACAGGAUCCUUACCAGGUCAAGGCGAUUUUGUAGGAGCUUUUGCCUCUACUAAUCUGGGUGACACCUCGCCAAAUCUUAAAGAUCCUAUUUGUGUCAAUACAGGAGAACUAUGUGAUUUUGUUCAUAGUACUUGUCCCGGAGGAAGUCAAUAUUGUAUCGCCUUUGGUCCAGGUAAAGACAUGGUCGAUAGCACCAAGAUGAUUGCUACUAAUUUGUUUGAAAAGGGAAAGGAACUACUGGACGGUACAGACGGAACAACAAUAGAGGGUGAUAUACAAUUUAUUCACAAAUUCUCACAUAUGCCUAGUCAAACCACUACUUACAAAUUGGAAAAUGGAACAACAAUUAAUGCUAGGGGUUGUCUCCCAGCAAUGGGAUAUGGUUUUGCUGCCGGCACUACCGACGGUCCUGGAGAAUUUGAUUUUCAACAAGCAACUAAUACGAGUAACCCUUUCUGGAAUGUUGUAAGGGACUUUAUUUUCCCCCCAACACCAGAUGAUGUUGCGUGCCAUUAUCCAAAACCUAUACUUAUCAUGUCAGGAAGAAUUACUAAGCCAUACGAAUGGCAACCGGUAACAGUUUCUAAUCAGUUAAUAAAAAUAGGACAGCUUGUUCUGAUUGCUGUUCCUGGAGAAUUUACAACCAUGUCUGGAAGAAGAUUGAGAGAUGCUGUUAAAAAAGCAAUUAUUUCAAACGAUGGACCCGAAGAUGCAAAAGUUGUUAUAACGGGUUUAAGCAACGUUUACACUAAUUAUAUUGCCACCCCAGAAGAAUAUCAGCUUCAACGAUACGAGGGUGCAUCAACUAUAUACGGCCCUUAUACUUUGCCAAUAUAUAUCAAUAUUUAUACCCAAUUAGUGGAAGCCAUGUUAAAGAAUAAAAAUGUGAAGGAUGACUCAAGUCCUUAUAAUUUUCCAAAAGAUAUGGCCACUCUUAUCACCCCAGUUAUUAUGGAUUCAAGCGGUUGGUUUAACAAUUUUGGAGAUUGUGUCGUGCAACCCAACGACUGCUAUGAACCAGGCGCGACAGUUUCGGCAACGUUCGUCGCAGGUCAUCCUCGCAAUGAUGUUAUGCAAGAGAAAACUUUUUUGACAGUCCGAAAGCAAGACAAUCAAAAUCAAGAUAAGCCAAGUUGGAAAACUAUUGCCACGGAUGCUAGUUGGGAAACUAAGUUUAUUUGGAGUAGACCAGACCCAGUAACACCAACCAGUCAAGCAGAAAUUCGAUGGGAAAUCCCCGAAGAAACAGAACCUGGAUCUUACCAGAUACAACAUUUCGGCCAUUAUAAGACGCUUUUUAGCGGAAUUUACGAAUAUAGUGGUGUCUCGAGAACAUUUUCUGUAAAAGCAAAGUGUGAAUCAAAGUAAAUAAUUAUUCGUUAACAUAAUUUUUAAAUUUUGUUGUAAUAAAUUUACUAGUUUUUU